AUUUUCUACUAAAAUUCGUUUUUUGUGCUGUUUUAGAUUUCUUCCAAAUAAAAAGCAAGUUUUUUGUAUAUUUUCUAUUUUUGGGGUUUUGUUCUUUAAACAAAAAUUUCUGUGUUUUUGGAAUUAUCUUAUCACUAAGGAAACCCGCCGCAGAUAUUUCUAAAUCUCUCUCAAAACAUUGACAUUUCAGAUCCUAUUGGAGCCAGGACUAGAGAGAGCUCUCUGAUUGGUCCGUCCUACCAUCCGAACCCAGCUGAUCAAAUUCAAUUCUUAUCAAAACUCUUGCAAGGAUUCAUUCAUUGUCGGGACCGUCGGUGAAUUUCUAAGUUCUAAAAACAUGACGGAUCUUCUGGGGAUUUCGGAUGUUCCGGAUAAUCAGCUUGAAUCAGUCUUGUCAAAGUUUCUCUCGGAGAACACUACGGUUCGGAGUUUCACCGAUAUUAAGUUAAGCGAUAGGAAAUUAAUCUGGGCAGGACUUUUCAGUAUAGCUGAGAACAAUAGCUCCUCAAUACUGCAGGAUAAAGCCUUGAAAUGUUGCAAACUUCUAUCAAGAGAUAGGGUUGGGAUCAACGAGUGUAUUGAGAACAAGAAUGUUGAUCUUCUCAUACAGAAGAGUGGAAUUAGCCGACUGCAGCCGGACUCAGAACCCGGAGUAAGGUUCGAAUCUAAGAUGGUUCUCUCCAACCUUAUCCACCAGAGCAGUACUGUACAAGCCUAUUGUACGGUUAACGGAUUUCUUAAAGAUAUUCUCACAACAAUCACAAAUCACAAGGAUCGGAAUGAGGUAGAAAGGUUUGAUCUCCGACUCCUGUUCCUUCUGACAGCACUUUGCUCGGAGCAAAGACAAGUGGCCAACUCGGAACACAGAGCUCUGACGCUUAUCAAUAACAACCUAAAAUCCUGUCUUGAUAUGUCUCCUUGUUCUCCCGUCUUAGCUCUCUACGUGGUAGAGGUUCUCAAGGUACUCUUCAACCUUGCCCUGGAGUCUAGGACGGAGGAUACCGAGGAGCUGACGCGUAUUUGUAAAACCCUUGACUCCGUGCUCAACCACGCAUACGAGGACAAGGACUCGGAGAACAUGGUUGUGAGCAACGUGAUAAACUUCCUAACCAACAUGGACGGAAAGAUGGAGCCUACAACUUAUAUAAUUCACAAGAUCAGUAAUAUUCAAAGGAUUCUGGAUUAUCUCCUCAUGAAGCUUGAAGAGUACAGUGAAAACAAGUUGAAAAACUUAAAGGAGGAAGUUUCUCCUACCCUCUCCGUCCUGUGGAUUUUGAGUAAGAUGCACCGAGAGGUUCGGAAAUAUCUGAAGCAAAUCAUCCUUCCUCCUCUCACAGCAGAGGAUAUUCAGAACAAGCCUGAGAAGGGUUCUAGUCCUCGGAGCAGACUAGUCUCUCUCCUCACCAACCCAGAUCAAGAUGUUGCAACAAUGACUGCAGAGUUCCUGUUUGUCCUGUGCAAACACAAUGUUGGAAAACUUGUUAAACAUUCAGGAUACGGUAACGCAGCCGGACUACUGGCACGUCGAGGACUACUCCUGGGAGGACGAGGAGAAGAAAACUUUUCCUCGGACGAGGAGUCGGACACCGAGGAGUACCAGAAGGAGGCGCACAAGGUGAACCCUAUCACCGGGUGCGUGGAGGAGGACAGGCCGAACCCCCUGGAGGGGAUGAGCGAGGAACAGAAGGAGUACGAGGCGAUGAAGCUGGUUAAUAUGAUGGAUAAGUUAGUCAAGGACGGGUUUAUCCAACCUGCUCGGAUUGGAGAGGAUGGAAAACCUGUUCCUGUUGAACAUAUUCUUCAGCUCCAGGAGGGGAUGAAUAUACCUGGAAAAGGGACUGGGGAGGAUUCAGAUUAAUCCUCUUCUCAUCCUAAACUAAGCUUUUGAUGCGUACUCCAGGGAGACCAGGGAUCUGCAGUUCACUGAUCGGAGAAAAAGUGGGAUUUAGCGGAGAAUUUUACCGUCCUUGCUUUCCUCUCUCAAGUACGGUUGUACUGUACAGUACCUGCAACCCUUUUAUUUGUACUUUGUGCACUGCACAAUACAUGUCAUUCAUAGUACGUGUAAACUGUGCACUGAAUGUACAGUUGAAUUUAUGUAAAUAAUACGCUUUAAUAUGUCAAAAUCAAAGUAAAUUUAAAGCUGGAAAUAUAAAACAAACUUUAGUGUUUGUUCAAUGUACAUAGUGUACACCCUACAGCCACAUUUACAAGCUAGUCAAAGAAUCCUAUGUACAAGUAAUGAAUUUAAAACAUAAAUGUUACUUGUAAAUAUUGGAAGACUAUUGCGUAUUGAAUCCUAUGUAUAUUGUACAAGUAAUGAACGUAAAACAUAAGUUUAUCUUGUAUGCGAAUUGUAAGACAUCUUCUAUGAAGGCUUUAAUAAAGUAUUAAAAAGC